AUGUACGAAUCUGAGUUUACACCGAAACCUAGGAACGGAAUCGCGCUGAGAGCAAAAAGCGAUGAGCCGCGGGAUUAUCCUUCAGUGCGCGAGAAUCUGCCUCGCGAAAGCUCGCGCGUCCCUUUCGCACCGCGGCACGGCGCGCAGGAGAGAGCGGGACGCACGCCCGCCCGUCCGUACGUAACGGUACAGAGUUCG